CUUGUGUUUGUGUAACAGCCCCUGAGCGGCGGCUGGCUCUCAGAUCGCUUUCGCUUGACUACGGUUGCUGCAUGCAUUGUUGAAGGGGAAGGGACGUGGACUGUUGUGUGCUGUUCAUGUGAUGCACUGAAGGGGGUGAGUUCCAAAUGAACUUUUUUUGCAAGAAGAGAAGAGAAAAGAACAACUCGCCUUGUUUUCUAAAGAGCUCCAGGUUUGCAACAGGUCAUUGGGAGUGAAGAGGUGGAGUUGUCUGCAGUGGAGGAGGACAUAGUGGGGAGAGCCAGGGACUGUGGAGAGAAGCUGCUGGCCUUUUGCUGUGUCCAGUGAACAGGAUGGCCCAGCACAAAGUCAGUCUCCCAGCUAAGCUGAUCAAUGGGGGUGUGGCAGGGCUGGUGGGAGUGACCUGCGUGUUUCCCAUUGAUCUGGCUAAGACCCGCCUACAGAAUCAGCAGGGUGCUCGGGUCUACAGUGGGAUGCUGGACUGCUUGACACAGACUGUGAAGAGGGAAGGCUACUUUGGAAUGUAUCGAGGGGCAGCAGUGAACCUCACUCUUGUAACUCCAGAGAAAGCCAUCAAACUUGCUGCAAAUGAUGUCUUCCGACAGAACCUCUCCAGGGACGGACAGUUACCCCUGUGGGGGGAGGUCCUGGCAGGCUGUGGGGCGGGAACUUGCCAGGUGGUGGUGACCACGCCCAUGGAGAUGCUGAAGAUCCAGCUGCAGGAUGCCGGGAGGCUGGCUGUACAGAGGUCAAUGGCUGUGCCUGCUCCUGCCCCCUCGCUGGCAGCUGGCCCCCCACCCCCUGGUCAACCUACCCCUCCACCUCGACCUUCUGCCACCAGAAUCACCCUAGAGCUACUAAGGACCCGUGGACUGACUGGACUAUACAGAGGAGCUGGGGCCACAUUGCUCAGGGACGUCCCCUUCUCCAUGAUCUACUUCCCGCUGUUUGCCAACCUGAACGCGCUGGGCCGGGGGGAGCGCGGUUGCCAGGGCAACGCUCAAGAGCGGGCCCCCUUCCUGCAGUCCUUUGUGGCUGGCUGCGCAGCCGGAUCGGUGGCUGCAGUCGCCGUUACUCCGUUGGACGUGAUAAAGACACGGCUGCAGACGCUGCGGAAGGGUGUGGGGGAGGACUCAUACCGUGGCAUUGUUGACUGCACACGCCGUAUCCUGAGUCGGGAGGGCCCAUCUGCGUUCCUGAAGGGGGCAGCGUGUCGCGCUCUGGUCAUCGCCCCUCUCUUCGGCAUCGCACAGGGGAUCUACUUCCUGGGUGUGGGGGAGUGGGUGCUAGGGCUGCUGGGAUAGCAGCUGGCAGAGUUCCUUUUUUCAUGUGCAAACCACCUGCUCCGUUCUGCAGUGAAGCGAGAGUAGGGCCCUGGUCAUUUAUCAGAGUAGAACGUAAGUGCCGCGAGAGAAAGUGAGAGAGAGAGAGAGAGAGAGUGAGAGAGUAUUAGAGUGGAGGAGUAUGACUGCCAACAUUUGUCCCAACAUUGAACACUAAUGGUGCUCUCAUAAUUUCUUAAAGCGGAUAUCCAGAGAGGGUUCAGUAGCUGUAUGAGUCUAAACUGUCUAGUGUUCAUGCCCCACUCCACGACAAGUUGUGCAGCAUCAGAGAAAGAAGCUUGUCCAGGUCUGUUGAGCAUGUUAACUCUCUCAGAUUUCUAUAUUUAUUCCUAAACAACACAUAACACGGUAUAUUUUAUUUUUUUCACAUAACACAGUACAUGCACAUGUUCUGAUGACAUGACCUCGCUGUGCGCGGAGUGCUUUCCAGCGCUGCAGAGAGUGUACACGCUGUGCCAAUCACUUUCAGUGCCAGUCUCUUGGCAAACUGAGAGUUAACCUAUUUUCUCAUUUAAAACAAGUAUUUGUUGAACACCGCCACUUGAUUUCUGGAUUGUAAUGUUAUCGUCCGUCGAAGUAUGACAUAAAAAGGGAAGUGUCUGCUGCGCGCAGAGCGAGGCUGUCGCCGCCACCAUCGCUGUCCGUUACUGUUGGCGAUGAUGCCGACGCACUCUUCACGGUACUGUAAAGAGAUUCUCCCCCGGUAACUGCCCUCUCCCAUCUUGGAGUCCGGUCUCUUAACUGUGCUCCUUGAGUGGGAGGCACUAACUGGGUAUGACAGGGUCUUCUGAUAAUCUUCUCCUAAAUCCGUAAUCCGCGGCUCUCUGCUGUAAACUUAGCUCGCUGCUCCCCGCCUUCAGCGCGUGCCGUCGGGCUACGCCGGCUACCUGCCGCUACCCGUCACCGGUGUAGCGCUGGAGGAGGGGAGGACCCAGUCCUCAAGACGGUGGCAGGGUUUCCAUUAGCUUGAUUAUUUUUUAAUGCUUAUUUUACGGUUUGUAUGCACAAUAUGUAUAAUAUGAAACUAUAUAUAAUGUAAAAGGAAUAAAUGCAAUGAAGCCCUGCAUCCUGGCAUGUUGGUGUUCUCUGAGUGACAGAAAGUAUCAUCGUGGCAUCUCGAAUAUAGCUGUACAUCCAGCUUUUUCAGUGUCACCUUUAAUAUAAGCUAUGAGCAAAUGAACUACGUGGCUAGAUCACACAAUGCUUACCAUUUAGUAGCUACUAUUCACUAAUAUUGCAUAACAUUGUUACAUGUUCAGUUAAGACUCAAUUUAGGGGGAUCAUUCGAAUGAUGGAUAGGUCUUAUAGGUCUCAACUGCUCCCCCUCCUGGAUCACCUUGAAAAUUCAUGUAGCAGAUGCUAUCAAAUGAAUUUCCACCAGGGGGCAGUACUGACUUUCAAAUGAGCAAAGAUCACUCAACUGUUCUCUAUCAGUACAUCAUGGUUUUUGAAAAAAAACACAAACAAAAAAAGCAGGAAACGGACACAAAUGUUACUCUUUUAUAUGUAUAUUUUCACAUCAAUAAUUACCAGUAUAUCCUCUGCAGAUGUCAAUGUCCUAACAGGAAACAUUGUUUUAAAAGCACUGUAAACUACAUAUUCUAAUAUGUAUUUGAACCACAAGUACACUCAGUAUGCCACAAAAAAUAAGACAUCUAUCCCAUUUCAUUUCAGUGAAUAAAAUAAAUAGUGAUGCAAAUUGUCAGACACAUGUACAGUACUUAAAUCAAGGAGAGGUUCUGAAUAUGAACAACAUGUAGCUGGAACAGGUCCUCGGGAACCAGAAAAUUGGACUUCAACCCCCCCCAUUAGAGCAUUUCCCCUUAAACUACUGCAGCUGUCUUCACUGUGCAAAUGACUGAUGGAUUACAAUGGCGGGAGGUCACAUGGUGAGGAAUGUAUUUAAUGCGGUUUCGUACAGAUUAAUAUUAACACAGGUGUUCACCGUCCGAAAGAGACAGGAAAAAAAGAACUCCCAGGGGGACACUAGAGGCCACAUGCUGGGCCAUGCUGAGAUGGGGCACUAUAUCACACAGCAUGAACGGGGGGAGCCUUAUCUAAAGACAUGCGAGGGAACAGGGGAUUGGUCUUUAGUACUGAAACUCGAGAACCACAGUCUGUGUCAGAUAGACACAACCGGUUUGAACUGGUUCACCUCUAACCCUCCCUCCCCUCCUCCCCACAAUCCCUAGCAGCACCCAGUCCCCCUCUCACAUGAUCAGCACUGCGGAGAGUCCGGUUCCCAGCACACAACUGUCUCCCUGUGCACUAAUGCACGGUUCCUGCUCAGCUGUUCUUAAAUAUCCUCUUUAUUAAUUAAUUUACUCUCUCAGUGAACAAAAGCAAAUUAAAAAACACAAAACGGACAAAACAUCACAAAACAAUGGAUUGGGGGGGGGGGGGGGCGCUUUUCUACUUCAGCCGAACACACUUUGUAUCCUUACAACACUGACACGGGAAUGAAAUCCAA